AUUGCAAAAAUAUUCUUUGUUGAGAGCCCACUUUUGCUUUCAAAACACUUUAACAAUAACCCCUUAAUAUUCUAUAACCAAAAUUUAUGUUAAGUUCGUCUAACUUAGAGUUACUGUAUUAAAAAACAAGCUUCAAGCCAUGAUAUUGCGAAUCUAGUUUAUUUAAUUCCUUAGUUUACUUUGUUGAAGGCGUGAUUUGAAGUACUUUUUCCUUUAUUACACACUUUUAAAUAGGUUGUAAAACGACAAAAAAUAACAAGUUAUUAGAUUUCAAAUUUUAAAAUUGACCUAAAGAGAAAUCACUCGGUAAUAUAAUUUAUAAAAUUCCUUUAAGUCAUCUACACCAUUUAGCUAUGUCGGAAGAUGCGUUUAAUCCAGAUCUAUGUUCGCAAUUCUUUAAAGUUUGUCUGGAGCAAGAUAUCAGUUUGAAAGAAUAUUGCCAAGGCUAUGAGUUGUUGUGUCGAUUGAUAAAUCAAUUAGGAUCUAUUUUCAAGUUUGUAACAUCUGACAUAACUGAUAAAAUGGAUAUUUUGAAAAACUAUUUAGCCGGUCCUGAUGCAACACACUAUUGUAAUUUGCAAUCAUUCAUUCAUUACGAGGUUGAAAAUGAUAAAGUGGAUUUCAAGAAGCGAAAUGACUCAGGCUGUAGAACCUUUUUACGCCUUCAUCGAGCUCUACUAUUUGUCUCAGAAUUCCUUAAAGAGCUACAAAAUCAUGAUGAUGCCGGUAAUCUCUCCGGAAUGACUUGGAAAGUUUAUGAAAAAACUCUUGGCAAAUACCACAAUUGGGGAAUAAGAAAGCUAGUUGGUGUGGCUCUGUAUACUCUUCCUACAAAGAGGCAAUUGAUUUUAAAAAUGCUACGUCCGGGUUUGACUGAGGAAGAACUUAUAGGGUUUAAUACACAGUUAAUUGAGGUCCUUGAAACGAUAUACAGCAAGUGUCAAGAAAUUCUAGAGGAACAUAAGCUGUUAGAAUUACCCUAA